GUGGCUCCACCUGCCUUGAAAUGGGCUCCGGUAAACAGAGCGCUAAUCAUGAAGCUGCUAUCAGAGCUGUUCUUUCUUUGGCUGGUAGCCUUGCAAGGCAUUGCAACUCAUCCCUUGAUGAAAAGUAAUUACCUGACGGAACAAAAGAAGUUGGAGCCUCUGAGAAGAUUCCAGUUUCCAUGUGAGCUGGAGAAGCUGUCUCAUUCUCCUCCACCUUCAGUUCAUACUUUGAGGCCAUCUGAUAUUAAAGCAAUGGCUGCCAUAGGAAUUCUGCAAAGUGUCCCAGAUUCAAGGAUGAAUCAUGAGGAUGUACUCCUAAGCUCAGAAAGGACCCUUGUUCAGGCGAGCAUGGAAACACUAGCAGCUCUUGUUAGCAGGUUUAACCCCUCUGUCCUACACCAGCCACUUCUUCUCAAAACGAACAGAGCAGCAUCAGGAUCCAAAGCUAUCAGAAGCACACUGGAUCAAGCUAAAGAAGUGGUGAAAUUCAUGAAAGAGAAUCAGAUGCUAGAUUUCCAAAAUGACUGGAAGCUAAUCACAGUUUUCUUUAGUGCUGAAAACUUGUGUUCCUCCUGUGUCUCCUUUCACCAGGAACACCGCUUCCUGGACAGCAUGGAAAGACUUAAGAGAGUCUUGGACUUUUUAUAUCAAGAGGUCCCUAAAGCCUUUGUAAACCUGGUGGAUUCCACUGAGCUCAGAUUCUUCUCUCUUUCAAGCAGUAAUCAGAAUAAAAUCAGGAUGCCAUGUAACUGUGCUGAUGAAGAUUCCAAACUUGAUGAUGUCAUACUGAGGUGGUCCUAUCAGAAUGACUUGAAAAAACUGCUGAAAUCUGGGCGGUAUGAGUGGAGAGAUGACUUCACCAUUGUUCUGCAGCCUUUCUUCCAAGAAAUAAGUCUGCCUCAUAGAACGGGCAGGCAGGUGGAUGGCAAUUCCAUACCAAAUACACCAGAGGAAAUCAUGGAAGAAGAGAACUCUGCCUUGGGCGUGGGUCUCUGGAACAACAUGCUGGAACCAGUUGGGAAGAAGAAGCAUUAUUAUUACAUGGAGAUGCUUCAGGCUCGGUGCCCAUCUCAGGAGUAUCCAUAUUUGUUCACAUACAGAAAUAGUAACUACUCAUCUUCCCCUCUGACAUCACAAGCUGAAGGCCAGUCUCAGGAAAGAAGCUAUGGGACAAGCAUUCCCUGUUUUGACAGAAUUCCCUCUAAUACGGUUCCUGUUUCAGUUCACAACUUGAGGCCAGCAGACAUCAAAGUGAUUGGUGCACUGGGAGACUCACUCACAGCAGGUAAUGGAGCAGGGUCCAAACCAAAUGAUGUUCUUGAUGUUCUGACACAGUACCGAGGUCUUUCCUGGAGCGUUGGAGGAGAUCAAAACAUAAGCACAGUCACAACACUAGCAAAUAUUCUUCGUGAGUUUAAUCCUUCCCUUCGAGGGUACUCCAUUGGCACUGGGGCACAAAACUCAGCUAAUGCCUUCCUGAACCAGGCUGUGCCAGGAGAUCGCUCUGAGGAUGUCCCAUCACAGGCUAGGAGACUUGUGGACCGGAUGAAAAAUGACACUGGAAUAAAUUUCCAGGAGGACUGGAAGCUCAUAACACUCUUCAUAGGAGGAAAUGACCUGUGCAAAUUCUGCAAUGAUCCAGUGCAUUUUUCUCCUGAUAACUACACCAACAAUAUAAAAAUAGCUUUGGACAUACUUCAUAGAGAGGUUCCUCGGGCAUUUGUGAAUCUGGUGACAGUCCUUCAUAUAGUGACCCUCCGGGAUUUGUACCAGGCAAAGAACAUUAGCUGCCCAAGGCUAAUCAUGAGGAAUUUGUGUCCUUGUUUGCUGAACUAUGCUGACAAUUCCACUGAAGUGGAAAUCCUAGAGUCCUUUAAUAGAAGGUAUCAGGAGGGAACCCACCAAUUAGUUGAAAGUGGAAGGUAUGACACUAAGGAAGAUUUCACAGUGGUUGUGCAGCCAUUUCUGGAGAAAGUGACCAUUCCAAAGACCAAGGAGGGGUUGCCCGACAGCUCAUAUUUUGCCCCAGACUGUUUCCACUUUCACCAGAAGACUCAUUCCCAGACUGCUCGUGGCCUGUGGAACAACAUGUUGGAGCCUGUUGGGAACAAGACAGAUGCACAUUUUCUUGAAAUGGUGUUAACUCUCAGAUGUCCGAGUCCGGUUGAGCCCUUCCUGAGGACAUACAAGAACAGCAAUUAUACAUACCCCAACCAAACUACCCCAGAUAUAACAACACCACCACCAUCAUCUGCCACUCCAACACCAGCACAGGAACCUGAUCAGAAUCAUGGGAGUCAGCUGCUGUGUGAGGACAGAGCUCCCUCCAGCUCUUCGCCAACUUCAGUGCAUGCUCUCAAACCAGCUGAUGUGCGAGUGAUAGCAGCCCUGGGGGAUUCUUUGACAGCUGGUAAUGGAAUUGGUGCUAGAUCAAACAAUACCGUGGAUAUGAACACAGAAUAUCGGGGCCUGGCUUGGAGUAUUGGAGGGGAUGCUUCAUUAAAGAAUGUAACAACCCUGCCUAAUAUCCUUCGGGAGUUCAACCGCAACCUCACUGGUUACUCCACUGGCACGGGAGGAGCAAGUGAGCCGAAUGCCUUUCUCAAUCAGGCAGUUCCUGGAGCAGUGGCUGAGAAAUUACCAGACCAAGCAAAAGCCCUGGUGAGACUAAUGAAAAGUGAUCCGAGAAUUGAUAUCAACACUGACUGGAAGAUCAUCACUAUAUUAAUUGGAGGCAAUGAUCUGUGCAACUACUGCGAAGACCCUAAUUACUAUUCAGCUGUAAAUUUCACCAGCCACAUUCAAGAAGCCCUCGACAUUCUGCAUGCAGAAGUUCCCAGGGCUCUGGUCAAUCUGGUUGAAGUAAUGGACCUCCUCCCUCUGAGGAAGAUAUUUCUGGAUAACCAAGUACAGUGUCCCACACAUCUCGCUAGAUAUCUGUGUAGUUGUGUUCUUCCAGUGAUGGAAGGGUCACAAGACCUAGUGAUGGUGAUGGAUGCUAUCAGAGCCUACCAGAACAGCACUCGGAAGCUAAUAGAGUCUGGCAGGUAUGACACCCAUGAAAAUUUCACGGUGGUACUGCAGCCUUUUUUCCAAAAUAUCAAGAUUCCUCUGCUUCAGGAUGGCCGUGCAGAUAUCUCCUUCUUUGCACCAGACUGUUUCCACCUGAGUCAGAAAUCCCACUCUCAGCUCUCCAGGACUCUCUGGAACACCAUGCUUCAGCCUGUAGGGGAGAAAACUGACUUCUUUGACCCAAAGGCUAACAUUACUCUGAGUUGCCCAACACUGCACAAACCCUUCCUGGGAACAUAUAGGAACAGCAACUACACGUACCUACCUGUGGAACCUACUAACAAGCCAAUUCAGAAUUGGGGCAGUGACCUGUCAUGUCCCGAACAGACCCCAUCGGAAAGUGUCCCAACAUCAGUACACAAGCUGCGACCAACAGACAUCAAAGUCAUAGCAGCGCUAGGAGAUUCCUUGACUACUGCUGUGGGAGCCAAAGCAACCAGCUCAACUAACAUGCUAACAGCCUGGAGAGGACUUUCCUGGAGUAUUGGAGGUGAUGGAACCCUGGAGGCUCACACGACUUUACCCAAUAUUUUGAAAAAGUUUAAUCCAGAACUCUUCGGCUUCUCCACUGGCACCGAGAAGGAAACGGCCGGGUUCAACUUAGCAGUGGGAGGAGCCAAAGCAAAUGAUAUGUCAACCCAGGCUCGUGAACUGGUUGAGCUAAUGAGAGGCAGCUCAAAAAUCAACUUUAAGGAGGACUGGAAACUGAUCACUCUCUUUGUUGGAGGCAAUGAUCUGUGCCAUUACUGCUUGGACAGGGAGACCUAUUCGGGAGAAAAUUAUGUAAAACACCUUCAGGCUGCUCUUGAUAUCCUUUACCAGGAGCUACCUCGAGCGUUUGUCAACAUGGUGGAGGUGAUGGAGAUUUCUGGACUGCGUCAAAUAGAGAGGGAAACUUCAGGGUGUGCUGUUCCAGGGGCGAGUGUUUGCCCAUGUUUCUUAACCCCCCAGGAAAGCUCUCCUGAACUACAAGAAAUGAAAAUAAUUAACAAAGAUUUUCAGAUCAAAAGCAUGCUGAUGGCCAGCAGCAGCCGCUAUGCACAGCGUGAGGAUUUUACUGUCGUGGUGCAUCCGUUUUUCCGAAAUACCAUCAUCCCACUAGGAAGUGAUGGGAAACCAGACCUGAGUUUCUUUUCUGUGGAUUGCUUUCAUUUCACUGAGAGAGGCUAUGCUGAGAUGGCCAUAGCUCUCUGGAAUAAUUUGCUGGAGCCAGUUGGUCAAAAGCAGAGCUACAAUAACUUCACCCAUAACAGAUUGAAACUCAAGUGUCCAACCUCAGAGAAUCCUUUUCUUUUCACAUCCCGAAACAGUGGAUUGCAAAAUACAGCUCCUGUAGCAGGGACAGAUGACCCAUCAGUACCUUACUGGGCUGUGAUUUUGGCAGCAGUAGCUGGAGUCCUGGCAGGUUCUGCACUCAUUGGGAUUUUGAUGUCAAGAAGACUCAAGAAACACCAACAUGAGAGAGAGACAGCCUUAGAAGUGAAUUCAACAGCUCUGUAAACCAGAUGCAUAUGAGGAACUUACAUCUACCUCCUCCGGGACGAGGGUGAUGAGAGAAUAGGGGGAAGAGCAGCUUUGGAUGUCUUUUCUCAACUAAUCAAACCUGUCCAUUUAAAAAUAGAGGCAGAAGUAUGGGCCAGUGAUUCUCCAUUCAGUCACCAUGGUCAUAAAGGACAUGACUGUUUACUUUCCCUGGCAGUGUGCUGCACAUUGGCCAUGCUGUGGAAAGAAACAAACAUUUCUUAGUACAUGACAUCUUCCUCCUUUGGGAUGCAUUGAUUUUCUGUAUGAUGGAAAUUGCUCAGGAUGCCAGUUCCCCAUGUGAAGUGAGAAAACUAUUCAUAUAUGUUGUAGCCUUAUGAAGUGCUCGCCCCAACCUGUUCUGUGGGGGACACUGGGUUAAAUAUAAUGGUUGGGGUCAUUGUUAUGGACUGUUAACUAUUCUCCCCAAAAGUGUAAUAAAUUCAAAAUGAAAACAGUGACAUCUUUUGUUGAAGUCAAGUGAGAACCCUGAAUUAAUACAACAAGACUUGGCUUUAAGAAAAAAGAAGCUUUAUUCAAUAAUUUCAGUCUGGCUGAAGACCUAAAUAGAAUUGACUAAACUUUUCUUAGAGGGCCCGUUUCAGGAUGCAUGAAGCCCAACUUGGAAUCUUUGGGGUCCAUUCCUUAUUGAAAUUGUUCAGAAAUUCAGAUCAGGAGCAUGAAGGAGAUUUUCCUUGCACAUUACACAGAUUACCUCUUUCAUUGUUUUACGCUUUUCUGACAUAAGGGAGACGACUGAGAUGGACUGUUAAGGACCUUCUUUUCUCAUAUCCCUAUAAUUUCCUACGUCGUCAAUUUUAGUUAAGAGAUUCUAAAUUCAUUGAAGCCAAAAGCACUUUAAUUUGCUGAGGUUUUUGUCAACUCCCAUUGAUUUUGUAAUGUUCCCAUUCUAGGAAUGGAGGUUUUGUAAUGCUCCCAUUCUAGGAAUCAUGAAUACUGGGUGUGAGGUGUAACUGAAACGGUCCCCAGCACAAAGGCUGUGCAGCCUUUGACACUCAAUCUGCUCAUCUGUCACCUAAAAGAUACUUAUCCAAACACACGUAGAUGCCCUAGUUUUAUCCUCUCACCUUCACCCUCGUGUAAUCUUUGCAGGGAUGUAAUUAGGACAUGAAACAUGCUGGAAUAAUCAGGGUCCCAGAAUCCCAGUGCCACCAACUCUUUUUUAAAAUCUGCUCUCAAAGCUCAUUUUUUGAAAGUAGGCUUUGUA